AUGCUUCUGCACGAGCUACUGCCUUUGAAUGUGUUGACUUCAGCGACUUGCCGACCAAACGUUUGCUCGAGAAAGAAUUAUGGCUGCAAUGUUACCGGCCACCUCGUUACCCGCGCUGAAUACCUCUCGCCCUCCGCCGGAUGGAACGCCGGAGCCGAGAGUGAGGCGGUUGUUGAGGAUGUUGAAAGGGUGGAGGAUGUGCCGAGUGGGUUUUUGUUGGAUUUGAGGUUCGUUGCCCGGAUCGUGCCAACAAAUACUGGAUAUCAGAUCGUCCUUGAUGUUGACGGACACUUGAUUCCAGAAGCAGCACUGGACACCCUCCUCGAACUACUGUGCUCCCAAAUUUCCGGCAAUGACCACAACGCCGCCCAGAAGUCUAUCCUCAAUUACCCACACCAUUCUCGUCCGGUGCCGUUUCCCCAGGAACCCGACAUCGAACGGCACCCAGCAUUGCUGCACGGUUGUUUCGAGCGGCGAGUUGAGCAAUUUCCGGACCGCAUGGCAAUCGAUUAUUUGAACUUGGACCAGACUCGUGUGCAAUACACCUACCGUGAGGUCAAUGCCAUUGCCGAGCGGAUCGCAGCGCGGAUUGCGAGUGGGGACCAGCAGAACGAAGGACCGGUGGCUAUCGUCAUGGGUCCCAGCCCGGAGAUGUACAUUGCCUACAUUGCUGUGCUGAAGGCUGGACGUCCGUUUUGCCCGAUUCCCGUGGAUGCGCCGGUGGAAAGACAGAUGGUUAUACUUGAGGAUCUGGAAUGUCGGAUAGUUAUUACCAGGAAUCACGAUAUCGGAUUGGAGAUCUUCGGCGGGAACGAUCAGACAAAGGCUUUGUCGGAUGAUGUGCAGAUUGUUAAUGCAUCGGACUUCUUGGAUCCCAAGCUCCUCACCGAGGAACCGGAAAUUCAACACUCCAUACGAACUUGCCUAUCAUCUGCCGACGAAGACGACCUCGCAUACAUUCUGUACACUUCGGGUACAACCGGAAAGCCGAAGGGAGUCCAGAUCAGCCAUCUUUCGGCCGCCUGUCUCGUCGCUGCCGACUCCGCCAUCGUACCCAUUGCCUCAUCCCCGAACGCUCGACCUACCCGCUGGUUCCAAUUCUGCGCACCGACAUUCGAUCCUUCCAUCAUGGAAAUCUUUGUCACUCUCAGCGGUGGCGGAACACUGUGUUGCGCUGAGAGACAGCUGACUCUGAACGACAUAUACUCCGUCCUAGCGCAGAUGGAUGUGGACGUGAUGUUGGCCACUCCGUCGCUCGCUACUCUUCUCGACCCGCUGCAGUUGAAGGGUCUUUGGGCCAUGGGUGAAGCUCUCAACGUCAAGGUUACUGAGACUUUCGCUGCGCUCAAUCCUGCUGCUUCAUCUGACUGGAGUCCGGAUGAUGGGCCGCGAGGUCUUUACAAUGGAUAUGGUCCUACAGAAGCGGCUAUGAACUGCAGUGCGCUGCUUCACGUUCUUGCGAAUAAUCGAGGUGGCAUCAUUGGAAGUCCACUACCAUCUGUUUCGCUCAUCGUCGUUGACGAGCAGGAUCCUCUUCGACCCCUGCCGUAUGGAUGUGCCGGUGAGCUGCUGAUUUCUGGACCGCAGGUCAGCUCUCGCGGAUACCUCAACCGUCCGGAGGAGACGGCCAAAGCGUUUCUGCCGGUCACUCCCUGGGGUCGAGCGUAUCGUACUGGAGAUCGGGCGAGAGUUGUAUGGGACAGUGCCGGCAAUCCAUCUGUUGAGUUUCUGGGAAGAAUCUCAUCCGACCAGGUCAAGCUGAGCGGUCGCCGAGUCGAGCUCGGAGAAAUCGACGCUGCUGUCCUCGCUGUACCAGAAGUCCGAGAAGCACUCACUGUGAUCUAUAAGCCGCCUGGAAGUGAAGGGAAGGGUAGCGAAAAGCCGCUGACUGCUGUCUCGCUCGUGGACGGAGCCGAAUGGGAUGCUGUCAAGGAGAAAAUUGAAGCCACUGUUCAGAAGAAUCUGUUACCGUUUAUGCGACCUUAUCGCUUGUUUAUGAUGGAGCAAAUCCCCCGCUCACUUGCUGGAAAACUGGAUCGGAGGGCUUUGACAACAGUGCUCCACGAGAAGAUCAACGCUGAGCAGACGAUGCAGAGUUCGGAAGAAGUGGCGGACGAUGAACCGCAAGAUCCUCUCCCACCACACCUUGCCGAAGUUGAGGGGAAGCUGCUCGAUAUACUCAGUGAUAUCCUGCAAUACCGUCCAUCGCCCACCGCGAGCCUCGUUUCAGACGCCGGUCUGGACAGUCUGAGGGGGAUGCAGCUCCUUUCCCGUGUUCGCGCUCAAUAUCUCGUGGAAGACCUGUCGUUACAGGACCUUCUGAGUGGGCAGAGUGUACGUCGAUUACUCCUGUCGAAAGACGAUCGACUUGCCAGCGCCGCCGACGACAAAACGAAAGCGAUUUUGCGGGACUUUUCGCACCGCCACCUUAAUUCUGCGUCCCGGUCGGCGGGUCUGCCUGCUGAAGAUAUUGAGAAGGUCGUGCCAGCGACGGCAGGUCAGAGCGGCGCAAUCGCCAGUCUUAUGCGGUCCUCGCAGGGGACUCGCAAAACAUAUAUCAAUCACUCUUGCUACCAUCUCGAACCUGGACGUGUUGACAUCGACCGGCUUAUUGCCGCCAUUGAGGACGUUCUUAUUGCACGGGAGGCAUACCGGACUACAUUCGUUCCCAUCGACGAUGCGAUUGCACCCUUCGCGCAUUGUAUUCUCACUCCCGAAGCCGCAGCGAAGCAUGGACUUUGCCGUGUUGUUCGCCGCUGCGGCUCACAUUCCGAGGAGCAUUGGUUGCAAGAGGCUGAGAAUGCAAUCAGCAUCGUUGCGAAUACCCUGUACCGUAUCCAGAUCGUCGACGACCAUCUGCUGAUCAUCAGUCUGUUCCACGGCAUCUUUGACGGUGCAUCCCUGGAGCUCUUGAUGGUCGAUAUCGAGAGGCAAUAUCACGGCUUACCGAAGGAACACCGAUCCGACAUCUCCUUCGCUGCUGAACAUGACCUCAAGCUCCAGUCGAAGAAGACCGAUGACUUCUGGCUUCAAGAAACGGCUAACUUCCACGCCGAGACGAUACCGGUGCUCAUUGGGUCAAAGUCGCAACCUUGGACCGAGCAAGAAGCGGAGACACUCGUCGUCAAGCAUACAACUUCGCUGAAGUACAAGGACCUCGAAACGCGGAGCCGAGAGAUCGGUGCAAGUCCUCUCGCAAUCUGGCAGACGGCAUGGGCUAUGCUUCUCUCGUCCUACUCCGAACGUCAAGCUAGCGAUGUUAUGCUCGGCAGCGUGGUGUCGAAUAGAUUUGACACCGAGUCCGCCGUGUGCCAUGGACCUACUUUUACUGUGCUUCCGUGCCGUGUCCAAGUACCCAACGAUCCGGACUCGAUCACUUCGGUCGGCCAAGCUGUUUCUCAGGUCGCUCGGGCAGGAACUCGUGCACUCGGCCACGCCUACCCAUCGUUGGGUCUGAUCACAACACCGGAAGGCAAACUGCCAUACGACUCGCUUCUUGCAUUUCAACAUUUCCAGGUCGAGGAGUCAUCGAAGAGCGAGCGCGAAUCUCUGUGGAACCGCAUAUCCUGGCCGGCAAUGCGCCAUGAUUUUGGAGCCAUGCUGGAGGUCUGGCCGUGUGAUCAGGCAAUUCCUCGAUCGCAGUGGAAUACGGAAUGUCCUAUGAUUGUCAAGUUGACUUUCAAGACGGAUCUUUUUGCGGAGGUGACGGCGGAGCGGAUACUUUCUCAAUUAUCGAGUAUUGUUAUGGCAAUUCUGGAGCGGCCGCAGCAGACUGCCAGAGAGUGUCUUGGUUCCAUACCGAGGGCCUUGCUUUCUGUGCAAAACGUUGAUGCGAAGAGAGUGAAAUUUGAUCUCGGAAACGUACCGUCCACGAACCCCAGCGACAAUCACAGCACAGCGUCAAAUACCGACAAUACACUGGCAUGUACCUCCAGGUUUGUCGUCACUUCCGAGCCUCCCCAUCGAUUGGUUCCGUUCCAUGGCGUUGGCGAACUUGCUCUGAACGGCCCACGGAUUGGAGAAGCCCGUGAACAUGCAUCCUCGACAGCGGGCAGAUCAGUGUGGUCCGAAGAUCUUCAGCAGCAUAUCAUUCUCACCGGCGACAUCGUGCGGAUGGUCGAUCAUGGUAUCGAAAUGCUCGGUCGAAGCGACAACUUCGUCAAAGUCAAUGGCAUCGGCAUCCAUCUCAGCAGGAUCAACGCUGCCUUUUCAGACGCUCACGAGGAUCCCGAGGAUAUUGAGACUUUGCUUAUGACUCGCCCUGGUAUGGAGAACAGUGCACUGGUUUCCUUCGCUUCAGUCCGAAACGAGUCUGCAGAUGCUCCUCUCAUCGCAGAGGACAAGCGUGCAUGGAGCGUGCGAGAAUCAAUCUUGAUUGCGGCACGCCAAAAACUGGACGACUACAUGGUUCCUUCGUUCGUCGUGAUGCUCAAUUCAAUUCCUCGCACGGCUUCGAAUGACGUUGACCGAAAAGCCUUGGAGGAUGUCUUCACUAAGCUGGAUCUGGACCGCUUUGCCACCUCGAACGAGUUCCAACUCUCGAAAGCUCAACCUGAAUUCAAAGUACGCACGCCUACUGACGACAGAGUGAUUGGCAUACUGUCUGAGAUCACAGGUGUGGAUGCUGCAUCUAUCACCGAUAAUAUGAGCCUCGCUCGACUCGGCAUACACUCCAUGGCUGCAAUUCGUCUCGCCUGGCGACUGAAGAAAGAAGCUCAGAUCAGCGUUGCUGUCGUUGAUCUACUGACAUGCUCUUCCGUCGGCCAAUUAUUGCAGAUCGUGUCGUCUGGUGCUGCUCGCGGUGCUCGGGAUGAAGAGCAGCGGAAGACUGCUGAAUACCUGGAUCGCAUCGAGUGGCAGCUCUUCGACAAAUUCGCGGAACAAUUGAAUCCUCAAGCCGGCUCCUCUGACUUUACACUGCACUGCCUUCGUCCGGCUACCACGAUGCAGGAGGCUCUUGUGAUUGAGACGCUGCGGGACAAUCGCAGCUAUUGGAGUCAUCGCAUGUUCCGGCUUCCUCCUGGGGUGGAUUUCGAUCGACUGCGUGCUGCUUGGGAAGCCGUAGCGCGAGACAACGAGAUCUUGCGCACGAGCUUCAUGGUCGCUGCCGAAAUUGCACCCGAUGCGACAUCCUGGCUGCGAGAAGCCGACCUUCCAACGGCCAUACUGCAAGCCAUUGUCAAGUCAACCGAAAUUCGUUGGACCGUGGCAGAGUGGUCCUCGGCGAGCCAAUCUCUUGCAACGGUUGCCAAUGAUAUCGCUCAACACGCACGCAAUGAAUGUAGCCCAAUUGCGUCCAGCAAGCUCACGCCUCCAUGGUCAGUCACCAUCCUGCAAGAUUCCUCUACGGAUGAGAAGACGAUGAUACUACACAUGCAUCACGCACUGCAUGAUGCAGCCUCCAUGGAAAGCAUUUUCGAAGACCUUGUCAAGCAGUAUCAAGACGGCAGUCAGAAGAGUGAGCGGGCUCAGUUCGGCGAGGCCAUGCGAUACGGUAUCUUCGCUACUCGGGAGCAGACUGAGCGUGCUCAGUCCAAAGUUCAAGAAUUGUACGGUCCACUUGUUGAGCAGUUCGGGGCCAUCACUACGACCAAAUGCCCCGAUCUGACUGGAUCUCGGCAGCCCCAACAGCGAAAGAUUCUCCGCACAACGGCCUCGAUACGCCCCUGCGACGAUUUAAAAUUGUGGAGUGCUCUUCAGGCAUCUGUGGCGAAGUAUGACCUCAAGUCUCCGGCACAGAUCAUCUCUACGGCGUUUGGAUCAGUCCUUGCAGAGUAUCUGGAAAGCAAAUACGUGGUGAUUGGCGAGACGUUGGAUCAGAGAAUUCAAGAUACGAAGCUCCAGUCAGUGAUUGGGCCUUUGAUCGUCACUGUCCCAAUCGCAGUACGAAUCGAUCUGUCUACAGCCGACUUCUUCUCAUCGCUGUCACGGGAGACGAACGCAGCGAUGCAAGACUUGUAUCACAUGCAGCCAGCUGCACUACGCAAGACGCUCGGCAUUUCGAGUGACCAGCCGCUAUAUCCCGCACUGGUGGUCUUUCAUCCUCGAAUGGGCGACGAUGAGACCAAGGACGAUGCUAAGAACACCACCUCCAGCAAGUUCUUCGAUGAAAUGGAGGAUGUGGUCGGCUUGUCUGUGGAGCACAGUUUAGCUCUCAACAUCUUCGAGGGCGAGCCUGGCAAUGGAUAUACUUUCGAGCUCAGUGGUGACAGUUCAGUCAUUUCGGUGCCGCAACUGGAGCUGCUUUUGAGUCAGGUCAAGUCGCAAUUGAGCGCAAUGCUGUCCCACCCCAACGUACCGAUAAUCGAACUCAACAAUACGCUUCCACGAUCAGUGCUCUCUGUGAACGAUGCAACAUACAAAGCGAUGAACGAAAUCAAAAAGCUCUCUCGGAAGUCUCAGUGGUCUGGCAUUGCACCUCCGACCGUUAACCCAGUGGCUUGGAUCGAGUACCAUGCUCGUCACCAUCCUAGAUGGACUGCCGUCGAGCAAAUCGCCGAUAUGGAUGAUCCGUAUGCUGUUCGACGAUGGACAUACUCUUUCCUACUGUUCAAAGUCUCCCGGAUCCUUGAGGCACUUUCAAAAAGAGGCAUUCAGAGAGGCAGUAUAGUUGCUGUACAUCUGGGUCGUACGCUUGAGUCGUUCGCGACCAUCAUCGCUUUGUUCCGCGGAGGAUAUAUUUAUCUUCCCCUCGACGAAGAGCUGCCUUCAGAGCGCACGGCCACGCUGGCCACUGAUGCCGGGGCUGCAGCAUUCAUAACCACGCAAGAGCUUCUGACGGAAUUGAAGUCUGAUCUAGGAGACAGUUCGCUCGUCGGUAUCGACGUGAUGCUGCUUGAGACGCUCCUUACCAACCCGAAUCCUCAGGCAGAUGCCACCGUCUCCCUCCCGAAAUAUCGAUCACAUAAGCAUUCCACGGACGAUGGCUACAUUCUGUUCACAUCAGGAUCGACAGGCAAGCCCAAAGGUGUGCGAGUCACGAACUUCAAUCUCUGCAACUUCAUUGAGUCUUUGGGAAAGCGAAUUCUCGACCACUCUCCACAAACGGGGCGUCUCGGUGGGAUCGGAAAGUACCUCAACAUCGCCAGCCGGUCAUUCGAUCCCCAUCUAACCCACAUGUUCAUGGCCUGGCGUUUCGGCCUUGCAGCCACUAUUGGUCCACGCAUGAUGAUGCUGGGAAAUCUGGAACAGAUCAUCAACGAGAACUCAAUUACACACUUCGGUACAGUCCCAAGCGUAUUGCAACAAGCUCAGUUGACUCCGGCUCGAGUGCCUUCAGUUGUACUUGUCACGGUCGGUGGCGAGAAGGUCUCCAACAGCGUGCUCGAUACCUGGGCCGGAGACAGCAAUGGUCCCUCUGCAGGCCCUCUCGUGUUGAAUGCUUACGGACCGACAGAAUGUACAAUUGGAUGUUCAAGCAAUGUUGUUGAUUAUGAUUCGAACGCUCGCAACAUUGGCUGGGCGCACGAUUCUGCCACUGCGAUUGUCUUCGCGCAAGAGGUAUUUGGCCAUAUAGGCAAGCAGGUUAUUGCCAAGCGAGGUCAGAUAGGUGAACUCUGCAUUGCUGGUAAUAUGGUGAGCCUCGGAUAUCUCUCUCGUCCGGAGGCCCAGGCAGAAGCUUUCGCCACGACCACCCUGCUCAGAUCCGAAGACAACGGCAAACCACUUCGUUUCUACAGAACUGGAGAUCUGGUCAGAAUGAUGGCCGAUGGAUCCAUGGAGUUCCUUGGCCGAUCAGACCAGCAGGCCAAAGUCAAUGGGCAGCGCCUUGAGCUUGGAGAGGUUGAGCACUUUCUACAGAAGACCGCUGAGGCUAUGAAGCUCAAGCUCGAGUUUGCUGCGGCUGUGAUCGAUCAUCCCGAACUGCCCCGGCCACGCCUCUUUACGUUCAUUGCCGCUGCGCGCGAUACUGAUGAUCCGAGCUCAAAGAACAUCCUCGAGCUGACAACGAUCGCUGGCUCACGAAGUCUCAGCGACGAACUCUCCGAAGCCUGUGCAAAAUCACUCCCUGCCUUUAUGGUGCCGGAGCUUGUAUGGGUCAACCACAUUCCGCAUCUGAAAGCGUCCGGCAAAGUCGACACAAAGACAUUGAACCUGCUUAUCAAAUCGAUGUCCUUAUCACAGCUACAUGGCGACGAACAAGAGGCGGAGUCGAAUGACACUCUGCAGCAAUCACUCACUAAGGAUGAAGAGACGGUCCUCCUUGCGAUUGAGUACACACUGGGAAGCAAGACCAAACACCCCAGUGCAUCUCGCAGCAUCUACGAACUCGGCAUCGACAGCAUAUCUGCGAUUCAGCUCUCAGCGCACCUCAAGCAGAGCGGAUUCCGACUGAGCACGGCUGAUGUACUGAGCCACGCUACCAUUCGACAUUUGGCACAAAAGGGCAGGACUUCAUCCCCGGCCGAUGACCACACUCUGCUUCACAACGCUGCACAGCGCAUCAAGCAAUUCCAAAAGGAUUAUGAAAGUGAGGUCAAAAGCUCUUUCGGCGACAGUGGGGUACAAGUGGAACAGAUCUUACCAACAAUGCCGCUGCAAGGUGCUUUGCUGGCCCGAUCGAUCGCGCAACUGCAGGAGGACGAGGACGAAAGUUUCGAGAAGAUCAAAUAUGUCACCCAAUUCCGCUACUCGUUGUCAGACUCCACGGAUCUCGAACGAUUCGUCUCAGCCGUCAAGAAAGUGCUCCAAAAAGAGCAGAUGCUUCGCACCUGUUUCCGCCAGAUCAGCACCGGCCAAAUGGCGCAGAUUGUGCUCUCAAGGUGCCUCGGGGGUCCUUUUGUCACCUUUGUCAACAGCCCCUGGGCUACCUGGUGUCAAAGUAGCUCCCCAGAUAUGAUUGCUCGCCAGCUCGUGGAAGAUAUCGGAAACCUUCCGCCGGUGCGGGUACAUGUAUUCGACGGCAGCUCGCCAGAAAUUUUACUUUCAAUCCACCAUGCGCUUUUCGACGGCGAUGCCAUAAGUCAGCUUCGUGACCGGAUUCAGGAGCAAUACCAGGGAGCAGUGAAGAACAAGUCGAGGCAGGACGCGAUUCAACAACUCUUGGUCACAUUUGAAGCCGUUGAUCCAGACGCUGCCAUAGCUUUCUGGCAUCGGAAUCUGCAAGACGUAGCACCUUGCCUCGUCGGUGAUCAUUCAAACGCAUCCGAGAGACAGACAAAGAACCUAGCGCGGUCAAUGCGGCGAUUAUCACUGCCGUUGGAAAAGUUACGAUCCGCGGUUCAGAACUGCAGCGUUUCGUUGAACGCUCUGUUCCAAACAGUCUUUGCUGUGCUGCUCUCGGAGCUUCUGCCCGAACGCUCCGAUGUCGUGUUUGGGAACGUCGUCUCAUUACGACCAUUGCUGGCCUCUACGAUCCCCGACAUCGACCAAGUGAUCGCGCCGUGCCUGAACACACUGCCACAGCGAAUCCAGCUCUCUGAAGCUGGUCAAAACCAGGGCUCCCUUCGCAGUCUAGCGCAGAGCGUGCGUGAGAUCUUCUCGGAGACCAUGCAACAUGCAUUCGUUCCUCUCGACCAAAUCUUGAAGUGGGCACAAUCCAAUGAAGCACUGUUUGAUGCUGUCAUCAGUGUCAACAUGCACAAUCAUCAGGUGGGAGCAACAGGAGAUAAAACCUCCUCACAGCCGGCCUUCCUUACACUGGAGGAGACCAUGAGUGCGACGAAUGUUCCGUUCGCAGCCGACGUCAACAUUCAUAGCUUCGGCUCAUACCUGGGCUACGUGGAAGUUGAGCUUUCUUCAAGCACCCAGAACGUGCAGGUCUCGGAGCUCGUAGGUCGUUUCGAGGAGAUCUGCAACAUCUUCGUUGAACGACCAGAAACGCAAGUCUUUGGUCUACUCCCUCUUCUGCCAAAGACCGUCGUUGCACCGGUAUCUGCUCGAAAUGAUGGUGUCCAUGAGCCAGACGAUACACCUUGGUCCUGUACCGAGAUGAUUAUCCGUGACGUUGUCUGUGAGCUGUUGGCAGUUCCACCGGAGAAGAUGAGGAAGCGCACAUCCUUCUACCGCCUUGGUCUUGAUUCUAUUCUUGUUCUCCGCAUGGUCAAGCUGCUGCAUGAUAGGAUUGGCGUCAAGCUAAGCCCGCUUGCUGUUCUCCGCGCCCGAUGUGUUGCAGGAGUCGCGGAUGCUGUCGAGAAACGGGGUUCUAUAGCAAGGUAUCCCCACAAAGAGUUGCAAUCGGGACGAAGUGAUGAUACGGGAGACUUGCUACGGCUGGCAAAGAAUCUUGGAGUCUAUCCAGCCGCAAGUCGUUGCUACCUCGCGACGCCGAUGCAACAAGGCAUGCUCAGUGCAGGGCUUGCUCAUUUCGUCGAGGCGCACAAUCAGUCGAAACCGUACGUCUACCGUCAUACUUUCGAGAUCAAAGAUCGCUCGAAGUUUCGGCUUGAAGCUUUCCACCAUGCAUGGAAACAGAGUGUAGAGCAGGUCGAAAUCUUACGCACAACGUUCCAUUUCACGGAGGACGACAGCCAGCCAUGGCUCGGCAUCGUGCGGCCGUUUGCAGACGUCUUCAGGGAAGCACAAGUCGUCCAGUCUAUGGAAGACGCUGUCCGUACUGCGGCGAGCAUCGACGCCUCGACUUGCCUCGCUUGCUGUACACUUGUAGUUCCUAAAGAUCUGACGGAGCGGAUCACGGCCGUAUUCACAAUGCACCACGCCAUCUACGACGGAGUAUCGCUAUCGAGACUUUGGAAAAUAUUCACCAAGAGUUAUCACGCCUUUAUCAACGGCUCCGACGCAUCAUUGGCUCCCCUUGUACCAUUCUCGCGUGCUGCGGAACAAAUAGCUGCGGAGCAGGCUCCCGCGGUCGCCUACUGGUCUAGACAGCUCGAAGAAUAUUCCUAUGCGCCGGUGAUGAAGAAUCAUGACAAAGGAGAAACUAUACAAUCCACUCGAUACCGGGCCGUUGUAAGUCUCCCUUCGGGGCAGCACGAAGAGGUAAAGAGCAGAUGUCGAGAUAUUGGGUCGACCGUCAAUGCUGCAUUGAUGGUUGCGUGGAGCAAAGUUCUAGCGAAGGCCGUGCUCAAGCAGUCCGAUGUUGUGUUUGGACAGGUCUUGGAUGGUCGUCUCCUUGCCUUGGAUGUCGAAGGACAAGGCCUGAAUGCGGACUCCGUCGUCGGCCCGUUGCUCAACACCGUGCCGAUUCGAAUGCUCCUCUCCUCUGAUUGCUCAAACCAGCAGAUGCUCCAGCGAGCACAACACCUUUCAGAAGAUGCACAGCAGCAUCAAGUGGCGUCUUUGCGAGUGGUGCAGAACACAUGGCGUUCAACGACCUCAUGCGCGGUCUCGUCUGAAUUGUUUCAAUCUCUCCUGGUGUUCAACUCGGAAGGUGGCGGCAAAGCAGAAGACUCCGACAAUUGCAUUUGGAGACCUUCUCGACUGACAUCGGGCGAUGGUCAGGAUGGCUUCACCGAGUAUCCUCUGGUGUGUAAUGUAUCUGCGUCGCGAACCGGUCUCGAUUUGCGGGUCAGUACUGCACCCAGUCACUUUGACGCCUUGUCGGCAGAUCGACUGGCAUCGAAUCUCAAGACCGAGCUGCUGGAACAACUCACUUCGCUGGACGCUCCAAGUGUUCCGGCAACCCUGCCGUUGCAGAAGCAGCCGUCCGCUAAUGCUCAAUUAAGCCGCGAAGAAAGCCGAAGUACAGCGACCGACGAGUCAAAAGAAGAAAAUGUUGAUCUGUGCACCGUAGUGCUCGAUGCAUUUGAGGCCGUCCGUGGGCGCGCAAAGAUGACCGACACCGUCGACGCUCAUACCAAUCUCUUCCGUGCUGGCUUGGAUUCGAUCCUCGCCAUUCGUCUGUCGUCCAAGCUGAGCCGCACUGCAAUUCCACUGACGGUCCCUCAAAUCAUGCAGAGCAAGACUGUUGCGAGCAUGGUUGCCAGACUGCGCACAGUCCAGAUGCGCAAGCAAGAGCUUCAGAACACUGGUUGCAGAUCUGGACCAAAUGUCGACGCGAGGCUCGUUUCGGACGCUGAGCAGCAAGAAGCCAUACGCAGACUGGGAUGGACAGAGUCAGACGUCGAAUCGGUGCUCCCUUGCCUAGCUGGGCAAGAGCAUCACAUCGAGUCCUGGACGUUUGCCGGCCAUCGCUUCUUUGAGGCUCCAUGGAUCUUCAAGCUUAAGUCAGACUUACUAGUGUCGCAGGUCCGAAGGGCAUGGGACGAGCUUAGGAGGCACCACGCAAUUCUGCGAAGCUCGUUUGUUGCCGUUACGAAGAGCUGUGUCGGUGGACCAAAAGCUAUGCAGGUAACACAGAAAGCUCACUGUGUCAACACCCGGGCUGAUGGAACGUUUUCGCUUGUGGAAAGCAAUGAGGCGAGCACGCUCGACGCACUCUUGGUCCAGCAUCUCCAGCAGACGAACGACCAGACGAGCAGCCUCCUCUCCCCACCCGCUAGGCUGACGCUUCUUCGAACCGCAGAUGGGCAUUCUGCGAUGGUCAUGCGAUUGCACCAUGCAAUGUAUGAUGCAUGGAGCAUUCGAGGGAUCCUACGAGAUUUUGAUGUCUUGCUUGCAGAUGGUGAGCUGUCUGGCUCGACCGAUCUUGUCGAAGCGUUACAUGCUAUUCUCGCGGAGCGCAAGCCGAAUGAUGAGCAGGUUUUCUGGUCGCAGACGCUCAAAGAGGCGCAGAAAACCAUCUUGCCAGGCGAUGCGGACGAGACGGAGACGCCUGGACCGCUCGGGCCUCAGCACUUGGUUCGAAUGCCAUCGGUCGUGUCCGCCGCAGCUAUCCGCAAUCUCGAGAGGCUUUCCCAGAGCAAGGCCAGUGCGUCCUUGAGUCCUGCUCUCUUGUUGGCUUUCGCGCAGACGCUCGCGGAGUACACCGGUACAACGUCGCCAACCUUCGGCUUCUACCACGCUUCGCGAUCGCUCGGUCCGACCGACCUGACCAACAUGGCUGUUCCGACAAUGACGCUCACGCCUCUCUCCGUCGUGGUUGGCCAUCGUGCGCAAUACAGAAGCACGGCAGUGGCAGGCGUUGAAAGUAUCCAGAACCACCUCAGCAAGCUCGGUCAAUUCGGUCAGGCGUCGGUCCACGACAUUAUGCGCAGCAUCGGCCACGCGCAGCCUUUCUUCAAUGCCUACAUCAAUCUUUUGUACCGCGACACGAGCGAUCUCGGAGGAGAUAAAUCCGCACCAUCGUCGCGCUCUCUGGCGACCCUCGAGAGAUUGACGCCUUCCUCCAACACGUACUUCACCGAGACAAGAGCUUCGGAGCAGUGCGCGCCGCCGGUUCGCGAGCUCGAUACGUCGUACAUUGCACCGGAACGUCUCUUCGUCGACGUCGUCGUAGACCGUGAGAACGGAGGCAUUUCGCUCGGCCUUCGCUGCGACCGGAGCUUAUACGGUGUCGAACAGGUGCGCACAUUUGCUCGGCGGUUCGUCCGGAAUCUGUCGAGACUCGAGGAAGUCUUGUCGGGCGUAUAG